AUGUCCAAAGAAAUCGCUCGCGAAACCGAAUCGCUGCGACGCGUCGCCUUCUUCGGCGUCGCCAUCUCAACCAUCGCCACCCUAACUGCCAUCAUUGCCGUUCCGAUGUUGUACAACUAUGUUCAACACGUUCAAUCGUCGCUGAAGUCCGAGGUGGAGUUCUGUCAGCAUAGAUCCGAUGGAUUGUGGGAUGAAUAUAAGCGGGUGAGUUCUGGAUUUGGGGUGGAUUUUGCGGAUUUUUUGAGUCUAGAUAAGCCUAACACCUAGGCCUAUUUAGGCUCAAAAAUUGCAAAUUUUUGGGGCCUUAAAUGGCUAAGCCUAAGCCUAAAAGCCCUUAAGGGUUUUGAGGCCUUUUAGGCUGAGACUAGGGUCUUUCAGGCCUUGAAAAUUGGCAAUUUUUGAGCCUGAAAAGCCUAAACCUAGGCCCAAAAGGUCCCUAAGCGUCUCUAAGUCUAAGCCCAAAACCUAGGCCUAUUUAGGCUCAAAAAUCGCAAAUUUUUAGGCCUUAAAAGCCUAAGCCUAAGCCUAUGCUUAGAUUCAAAGCCUAAACGAGUUUUGAGGCCUUUUGGGCUAAGGCUUAGGCUUUUUAGGCCCUGAAAAUCGCAAAUUUUUGGGCUUGACAAGCUUAAGCCUAAUCUUAGCCUUAUCUAGGCCUAAAUAGCCUAUACCUAAGCCGAAAAGACCCCCAAGCUUCACUAAGCCUUUAAAAAUCGAAAAUUGUUGAGCCUUAAAAGCCUAAGCCUAAUCUUAGCCUUAUCUAGACCGAAAUAACCUAAACCUACGCCCAAAAGGCCCCUAAGCUUCUCUAAGCCUAAGCCCAAAACCUAGGCUUAUUUAGGCUCAAAAAACUGCAAAUUUUCAGGUCUUAAAAGCCCUAGCCUAGGCUUAGGCUUAGGCUUAUCUAGGCUCAAAAAAAGCCCCAUUUUCCAGUUCUCCUCCAACUCCGACUCUCGUCUCAAACGCGAAGCCUACAAACAUUCCGGAAUCGCCACUUCCGGCACCAGAAAUCACCAAAAACGUCAAUCAUACGGUAGUGAUGACGUGGCAGUUGGCGGAUUCUCCGCGGGCUCUUCCGCUUCCGGACAAUGUUGCUCUUGCGGAACCGGAGAAGCCGGGCCAGCCGGGCCACCAGGAUCCGAUGGUCAGCCAGGAAAUGAUGGGCAGCCCGGAGCUCCAGGGCAACCAGGAAAUGAUGCCAGUUCUGAUGCCGUCCCAGAUGCCUCGCAAUUCUGCUUCGAUUGUCCAGCCGGGCCACCAGGAGCCCCAGGAAGCCCAGGGCCAAAGGGGCCAUCAGGCCAACCCGGACAACCAGGACAAUCCGGAGGGGCUUCACUUCCAGGGCCACCAGGACCACCAGGACCAGCUGGAGCACCAGGAGGUCCAGGAGGACCAGGCCAGCCUGGACAACCUGGACAAGCUGGGCAAGUUAUUGAUGUACCGGGCACUCCAGGCCCAGCUGGACCAGCCGGACCACCAGGACCACCGGGAGCACCAGGAGCACCAGGACAGCCAGGAGCUGGAAGUCAACCAGGAGCCCCAGGGCCACAAGGAGAUGCGGGAGCACCGGGAGCACCGGGACAACCUGGAGCACCAGGAGGUCCGGGAGAGGAUGGUCCGGAUGGGGAUGAGGGAGCUUGCGAUCAUUGUCCACCACCAAGAACUGCGCCAGGAUAUUAG